AUGGCUUCAGUUCCUCGCAAGUUAUGGGAACACCCAGACCCGGAUUCGACCAAGAUGGGUCAAUUUCGGCGACAGCUGGAGAAGUCAACUGGCCAGAAAUUGGAGUCCUUCCAUGACAUGUAUCUCUAUUCCGUGAACAACAGGUCUCAAUUCUGGGACUUUUGCUGGAAAUCUUUCCGACUCAUUCACGAGGGAUCCUACACCCAAGUGGUGGACGAAUCUGCCCGCAUGGAUACCAUACCGGCAUGGUUUGAAGGGAUCCGGUUGAAUUUUGCAGAAAAUUUACUCUUCUCCCAAGCUGUCGGAGAUACGACUGGAAAGGAAGAUGGCAAGAUUGCCGUGACCGAAGUCAGAGAAGGCGCGGCACAUGAAUCGGUCCAGGUGACUUGGGGAGAGCUGAGACGUCGCACUGGAGUCUUGAUCCAAGCGAUGAAGGCCAAUGGUGUCGUCCGAGGAGAUCGGAUUGCUAUUUGUGCGGCCAAUAGCAUCGACACGUUACUUGUAUUCCUGGCGUCGACUGCUUUGGGUGCGAUCUUCUCAUCCAGCUCGACAGAUAUGGGCGUCAAGGGCAUCUUAGACCGCUUACUCCAGAUUAAGCCUCGUUUCCUUUUCAUGGACGACUGUGCGGUGUACAAUGGGAAGACCGUUGAUUUGCGACCAAAGAUCCGAGACAUAGUCCAAGGCAUGGAGUCCAUUUCCGAAUUCCAGGGUGUCAUCUCGCAGCCCCGGUUCUCUGCGAAGCCAGCGGAUAUAACUUCCAUACCACGAACCCACACUUUGAGCAGCUAUAUCUCAAAAAGAAGAGGUGACAAGCUGGAGUUUGAAAGAGUCUCCUUCAAGGAUCCAUUCCUGAUUGCCUAUAGCAGUGGGACUACCGGUCAGCCGAAGUGUAUAGUUCAUUCGGUGGGAGGAGUGCUUAUCAACGCAUCCAAAGAAGGCGGCUUGCACAGUGAACUGGGGCCUGACAGUGUCUGCUUACAAUACACGACUACCGGUUGGAUUAUGUACAUGUCGUGUGUCCAGACUCUUCUCUUCGGGUCAAGAGUUGUGCUCUACGAUGGAAGUCCAUUUGUCCCCGACGUCACAGCCCUGGUCCGUCUGGCGGCACAAGAGAAAGUGACCCAUCUUGGCAUAUCUCCUCGGUGGAUGCAUGAGCUCAAGAUGGCUAAGAUCAAACCUCGAGAUUUGGUCGAUCUAUCUCAUCUGCAAGUCGUGACUAGCACUGGAAUGGUCCUGCGGGAGGAGUUAUUCGAGUGGUUCUACGAUGAAGGCUUCCCUUCGAUUGCUCGCCUGAACAACAUUUCUGGUGGUACUGAUAUUGCGGGUUGUUUUGGAUCCGGUAAUCCACUGGUUCCUGUCUAUGUAGGCGGGUGUGCUGAACGCAGCCUGGGGGUUCCUGUGGAGGUUUAUGAUUCUACGAUCGAAGGAGGCGACGGUAUCAAAGGAACCCGAGUAGAGAAAGGAGUACCUGGUGAACUAGUUGCCACAGCUGCCUUCCCCAAUAUGCCAGUGAAGUUUUGGGGUGAUGAGAGUGGAAUCAAGUAUCGAAACUCUUAUUUCGCCAAGUUUGACAAUGUGUGGGUUCAUGGAGACUUUGUUUCUAUUCAUCCGAUCACCCAUCAGCUGAUGUUCCAUGGUCGCGCUGAUGGGGUGCUCAAUCCCUCGGGUGUGCGGUUUGGAAGCGCCGAGAUCUACAGAGUUAUUGAAGCCCUGUUUGCCAAUGAGAUUGCGGAUUCCAUUUGCGUGGGGCAGAAGAGGCCCACUGAUAUUGAUGAGCGGGUCGUUCUGUUCCUGCUCAUGAAACCAGGUGUGGCCUUCUCACCCGACCUGGUGGGUAGAGUGAAGACUGCGAUUCGCUCCGAGCUCAGCCCCCGCCAUGUGCCUAGCUUCAUUUGGGAAACACCUGAGAUCCCAACCACCGUCAAUCUCAAGAAGGUCGAACUACCGGUGAAGCAGAUAGUAUCAGGGAAGCGGGUCAAGCCCAGUGGGACUCUAUUGAAUCCAGGCAGCCUGGAAUUCUACUAUCAGUUUGCCGAAGCCGAAGCUCGUGAGAGCAAGCUCUGA